GGCGCGCGUCCGAACUCGUCGGGCAUAAAAUAUAUAUAUACAGCGGACACGGCACGCACUGAGCAUAAAGCUCGAAGCUCGCUCGAAAGCACAGCUGCCUGCAAAGUCUGCCGCUAUCCCACGAAAGUUUCAUUCGUUUUGUAUACGCGUAUCAACUCUCGAGUGCGUGUGCGCGUCUCAUCCUCCGAGUGUUGUCGCAGUGCUUUCGGAGCAUCGAAAUAUAUUCGCGUUAUAUAUCCUGCUCGAGCGACAAACAAAGAGAAUCAUGACCGAGCUGCCGAAAUCGUCGUCGAGCGAGGAGCUGCAGCAGCAGCAGAGCGGCGCGGACAAAGCGGCGACCAAAAUUCAGGCUGGUUUUCGCGGCUACCAGGUGCGCAAGAAGCUGCAGCAGCAGCAGCAGCAUCAACAGGAGCCGCGACGCAACUCGUCCGCCGCGACCAUCAACCAUCAGCUGCAGCAGCAACUCGACAACGGCACGACUCAGCGUCAAGGCCAAAUGGAAGCCAAACAGCAACAUCAACUUCACCGACAACACAGCUACGACUGCUACGACGGCGAGUCUUCGGGCUCGGAGUCGCUCGAGGACAAAUCGGCCACGGUCAUCCAGGCGCGCGUCCGAGGAUUUCUCGAGCGCAGACGACGUCACAACGAGAACGAGGCCGCGACCAAGAUACAGGCCAGAUUUCGGGGCUUCAGGACGAGGAAGUUGCUCAAACAGACGGGACAAUGAUCGCGCGAGCUCGAUCGCGUCCCUAUACGACUUUUCCAGAUUUACAUAAAAAAGCGAAAAAUUAAAAAAGAAAGCAUCGUUUUGUAUAGUGUGUAGUACGUAAAAUUUAGUUCGUAUACGAUAGAUAGACUUUAAAUUUGUAAUAAUUCCAGCUAAGUAGUCGAUGCACUUUGUCAUUUAUCAUAUACGCAGGUGAAAAAGCUGCACCCAGAUAGUUUUCCGAACGGAACGCGAAUCGAUGAAGAGAGAGAGAGAGAAAGAGAGAGGAGUGGCCGAUUUUUUCUAUGCUCCAUCGCGAACACGUGUGCUCACGCGGUCUUAUUUUAAAAGUCUAUCUGUGUUAAUCGAUUGAAUAUCCGCGCGUGUUUCCGAGUGCGUAAAAACGUGCAUGUGUAAUCGAUACAGCCUCGCCCCCAUUAAUUUUCGACUAAUCACGUUAUCGUACGCGGGAUAGACGUUUUUUCGAUCAUCGAACUGUAUCAUGAUUCAAGAAAAUUCAUGGAAAAACUUUUCGAAAUUACUUUUGGUCGAGCUUGGAAGGUACUAUAAUUCGUAAGCUCGCAACGGGGGCUCUCGAUAUCACAUUUCAUUUCGCAUUCGAUGAUUUUUUUCCUUGGCUAAAUGCAGUAUACGUUUCCCAAACAAUUGUUCACAUAAACAAAGCCUCGGAACGUAUAUAGGUUUUCAUUCCGACGUUCAACUCGUUCUCAACGAACGUUAAUGCAGCGAAUUACUUUGUUUUCGCGAUCGCUAUUCUGACCGCCCGUGUGUAUAUAUAUGUGCGCGUGUGCGCGAUGUGCACCCGAGGUGCUGCUGUUAUGUUUUUGUUUUGCCGCGUGUUUUCGCCUGCUCGCGCGCGCUCACGCACGCCCACGCACGUACGACGCGAUGACGAUUGCAAGUUAUUUUAUCGAUNCACACACACACACACACACACACACACACACACACACACA